AUGGCAUCUGCAGCAAGCCUUCGAGUCGCAGAACAGCUGGAGCAGUUCGUGCAGUGGGCAAAGUUCCCGCAGUCUCCGGGUGCCCAGCCUAUCCCUGAGGUGCAAGACAAGUCUUGUGCAACAAGCGUGCCGCUUCCGACCUUACUGGAACAGAAGUCCUGCACGCUGGCUCAGGAGCAGGAGCGCUACCGGAAGCGCAAAGACCAUAUUCAGGAUGCAACGAAGCAGAUGGACCAGGAGCUGAAAAAUCUCCAGGCGCAGCUCAAGCAGCUAAAGGCGAAGAGGGGCCAGGAGAAGAAGUCACACCAGCAGAAGGUCGAGGAGAUGAAGCAGCAGCUUCAGGAGCUCAAAUCCCAGGAGACUAGGAAGUCUGCCAACACCAGCGCACCAAGCAAUGCUCGUCAAGAGCUGGAGCUGAAGCUGCAGCAGGCAUUCCAGAGCGGGGGGGCGCGAGAGCUAAAAAAGCUCAUCCAGCGCAAGCGAGGUGUCUCGAUCCCAAACGUGCAGGGUGCUGAAGAACCUCAGAAGACAUCGGCCCAACUGCAGCGCAAAAUCUCGGAGCUCCGAGGCGCGCUGGCAGAGGCCACGGAUAAGGAGCAGCAGCUUCGCCAACAGCUGGCAGCCAGCGCUGCAGCUGAGAAGCUUGGCUGGAAGGAGCUCCGCCAACAGAUUUUCCUUGCAGACAGCCAGCGUGGGUACUUUGAAAUGCUGGCCAAGCUUGUCGCAGCAAAUUCUUCGGGAGACUGCAGCACGGUGCUAUGGGUUUCGCUUAGCGACAUCGCAAGAUGCGAGCCGCCUUCGUUGCGAGAGGUGGGCGAGUACUUAGAUCCGCAGAACGUCCCGGUGGCUCUCCGUUCCGGGGGAGCUCGCUUCAAGUUCUGGUGUGACCUGAAGCCGCCCUUCCAGGUUGUGCAGGUGACUCGUGCCGAGGAGGCCUUGGGCAAAUGGAAAGAAGCCGUGGCGAGUGAAGGAGUGAAGCCUCAUCCUGAUGGAGAGCUUUUCUAUGUGACCUACGAGUGUCCACUGGCCUACCACGUGGAGCGUGCAUGGAAUCUGAAGUCGGCUGUAGCUGUAGAGCAGCAGGUUGCUGAGUCCGACUAUUUCAGGGCCAUUCCGGACAAGGACACCUCCGGACUUAUCGUCCUAACGAACGACAGGAAGCUGAACUAUGCCGUGACCAAGAGCCGCAAGUGCUCGAAGCGUUACGAGGUCACCGUAAAGGGUCGCUGGAAUCCUGCAGACUCCCGCUUCCAGCAGCUGAUGGAGCCGUAUCGUUACCUACGAAACCAGACCAACGCCGGCAAUGAGUACUGGACAAUGCCGGCCAAGGUCAGGAUCCUCGAUCACUGGCGCGAGCCUGUGGAACCGCUACAGCCACCUGAAGUCGGGGUGUCCUGGCUUAUGCAUCAUCAGAUUCGUCGACUGAUCAGCCGUUCAGGCCUCCGGCUUGUACAUCUUCAUCGCGUGGCUGUAGGGCCGCUGCAGCUUCGAGGCCUUGAAUGUGGGCAAGCACGACUCGUGACUGCGGAAGAGUUGGAUGAGCUGACGCGGCUAUGUGAUUUGCCUCGCCCGGACUGA